AUGCAACAAGAACGUGGUCGUAUCAAAAAUGCCACAAAAUACACUCUCAGACCAAUUGUUAAAAGGAUUCCACGUGGUCGUAUCAGAAAUGUCACAAAAUACACUUUCAGACCAAUUGUUACAAGAAUUCCACGCGGUCGUAUCAAAAAUGCCACAAAAAACACUUCCAGACCAAUUGUUACAAGGAUUCCACAUUUGACAUGGACAUCUUGGACUUCGUGUACUUGGAGAUAUGGUUCAAGCAGUCGAACAAGGAAAUGCCGAGACAGAAAAAAUGGGUCGAUAGUACAAAGUAGAUUAUGUGGGCGUAGUAGCAAAAUGUUCUGUCCGACCGAGGGAUUGAUUACUAGUGGGUCACCGUCAGAACCGGGAAAAUGGCCUUGGCAAGCUCUUAUCAUAACAGAACUUGAUGGUAAAUGGCAGCAAUGUGGAGGUAGCUUGAUAACACCCUCAUGGGUGCUCACUGCGGCGCAUUGCUUUUUAGAUCCUGUUGGAAACAAUUGGAAGAUUCAAAGAAUUACGUUGGGAACAAUAAACAGAAACGGGAUUGGUAAAGGAGCUGUUAAUUAUACAAAAGCAUCCAUUGUUCACGUGCACGAAGAUUUCGACAAGAUAAAAUAUCUGAACGACAUAUCACUAAUCAAACUCCCAACACCGAUAAAUACAGGAUUGCAUAGUCAUAUCGAACCCAUAUUUCCCCCUAUAGGCUCUAAAACAAUGUUGGCAGGAAAGUCAUGUGUAGUUACGGGAUGGGGGGCAACAGCAAAGAACGGAAGUAAAGAAUCAAUUCCAGAUGUGUUGCAAGAAGUAGACGUGAACAUAUUUUCAGAUGAAGCUUGUAGAAAAAUGCAUCAUACUCCUGGACCAGAUGGUUCAUACACUAAAAGUCAUUUUUGUGCGGGCCAUCUUGAAGGGAAGAAAGAUACAUGCGGUGGUGACAGCGGCGGACCACUCAUGUGCGAGGAAAACGGGGAAUACAUUGUACAUGGAAUAACAAGCAGUGGACCAGCUGAGUGCGGAAAGAAAAAUAAACCGGGUAUUUACACAAGAGUCAGCGAUUUUAUCACGUGGAUCGGAAGAACUAUAUAUGGAUUUCGCUAUCAUUGGUCCAACUGGAAAAGAAAUAAAUGCAGUGUGACAUGUGGUAGAGGACAAAGAACAGUGACAAGAACUUGUCUAGACAAAGAUGACAGACCUGCAACGGAAUGUGAAGGAAUUUCCAUACGACAUUUUCGCUGCCGAAUCCCGCCUUGCGUCGAGUAUCAUUGGACACCUUGGAAAACAACUUGUAGUGUCACAUGCAAUGAAGGAAUUGCAACUAGCACUCGAUAUUGUGCUGAUGCAAACAAUGCACCGACGUUUCCGAAUAACUGCCCUGGCCGAGAAAAGAAGAUUAAAUCAUGCGUAAUGCCAAAGUGCAUUGAGUAUCAUUGGACACCUUGGAUAACAACUUGUAGUGUCACAUGCAAUGAAGGAAUCGCAACUAGCACUCGAUAUUGUGCUGAUGCAAACAAUGCUCCGACGUUUCCAAAUAACUGCCCGGGCCGAGAAAAGAAGACUAAACCAUGCAUAAAGCCGAAGUGCAUUGAGUAUCAUUGGACACAUUGGAAAACAACUUGUAGUGUAACAUGCAAUAAAGGAAUCGCAACUAUCGCUCGAUAUUGUGCCGAUGCAAACAAUGCACCGACGUUUCCGAAUAACUGCCCAGGCCGAGAAAAGAAGAUAAAACCAUGCGUAAUGCCGAAGUGCAUUGAAUAUCAUUGGACUACUUGGGUCUCAACAUGCAACGUAGCAUGCGGUGAAGGAACUGAAACAAGCUCUCGAGACUGUAUGGACGACAAAAACAGUCAAUCGAAAGCGGAGAACUGUGUUGGUGAAUCCAGGAAAAUUAGAAAAUGUGUCAAGCCCGACUGUAUUGAAUAUCAUUGGACACCCUGGGUCUCAACUUGCAGCGUAACAUGUGGUGAAGGAACUGAAUCGAGCACUCGGAACUGUGUGGACGAUAAAGGCGAUCAAUCGAAACCGGACAACUGCCCUGGAGAAGACAAACUAAUUGGAAAAUGUGUCAAAUCAUACUGCAUUGAAUACCAUUGGGGGGAAUGGUUCAACGCUUCUGAAUGUAGCGCCUCAUGUGGAACUGGAGAAAUCGAAAUAAAAAGAAAAUGUCUUGAUUCUGACAACGUCGAAGUUCUGGAUUCAAGUAAAUGUAAUCCUGGGAAAGAUGUUAAACUUCGCACUUGCAAUCUAAAAUCAUGUCCAGAAGAAUCCUCAACAUCGUACCACUGGGGUCAAUGGGGGUCGUGGUCGACUUGUCGUUCUCGUGUAGGACAUGGAAAUAUUUGCAACGGAUUUAAAUCCUCCAAUCGAGACUGUUUAAUAGGAUCAGAGGACGUCAACACUAGAAGAUGCAGAGAUGAAUAUUAUGGUGAAGAUCAUUAUCGCGAGUCAUCGUGUAGAAUGAAAACAAGCUAUUGCCCCUAAAAACACUGUUUUAUAGUAUAAUUGCUGUUUUACUAUUUGUUUGUUUUUCACGUGAGCAGUCGUUGAAAUUUACUUUUUUAACAAAUAGUUUGAAGGACUUAUCAAUUACUAAAAAUAGCAAGACGGAACACAGCUCAAGCAAACGGUAUAUUCAAGUGUAGCUAAGAAAGAUGCUUCCCAUUUGCUUCCGAUUCCUAACUCUAACUCGUAACU